AUGGCUGCCACUGCCGACCCAAAUCCCAUCGCAGCAGUGACGGCACUCGAUAUCGGCCAGACCAGCUUCACUCUGUUCUUUCGCCUGCCAUGGGUUGUUGGCACAACUCUUUUCCGCCGCUGGUGGCCCUGGAACCGCACGUAUAAGCCUCCCCCUCUCCGCGAGCACCUCUUUCGGCAUGUGAUGACCUGCCUUGGAAACCACGUCCCGCUAUCGGUUUGGCAGUGGUACACGGCCUCGGAUACGAGUGGAUCCAAUCUGAGGACGUCCACACGAUACGGCCACAUUCCGCACCUCUUCGCGCCUGUUCGCACACCCGACUUCUGCGGCUACUGGAUAUGCCGCGGGCUGGCCCAAGAGCCUGUUAGCCCCCGCGAUGCGGAUCUCGUCCUGCUCCACGCCCACGGCGGCGGGUACGUCUCCGGCCAUCCUAGUGUCGGCGCCCCAGAACACGUCUUCCUCGCGGAGAUCCUGCAGCAGAAUAACGUUACGACGGCGAUAUUCUCGUUGGAUUACACGCUGGCUCCGAGGGGGACAUUCCCGAAACAGCGCAAUGAAGCUGUAGCGGCAUAUAACUGGCUUCGUGAGAUGGGCGUCGACUCUUCGAGGAUCAUCGUGAUUGGCGAUUCCGCGGGCGGACAUGUUAUCAUGUCUCUUCUCGUAGGUCUGAACGAGAGGCACAGGCAAAGUGGUCAUGGAAGUGAUUCGCGCCCAGCGGCCGCCGUACUGGUAAGUCCCUGGAUGAACCUGCAUACAUCGCAUCCUCGCGCCCUGGAACUGCACUGGGAAGAGCGCCUAUUCAAGCGCUCGCUUGACACAUACUGCAAAUGGAUCCUGCGCGGCGCAAGCCCUGAAUUACACCUGCUGUAUGGGAACUUCGCCCUCGGCCAGGAAGUCCGCGGGUCGUGGGCGGAUAUCCUGCCGGCCCGGACUUGGAUUACGGCGGGCGCGGAGGAGUUGGUUUUUCUCUAUGAUAUUGAGGAUUUUGUUGCUCAGGCUGAGAAGGAUGGUGCUAAUGUUGUGCUUAAUGUGGCGGGUGGGAAGAACCAUACGUGGCAGUGUGCGGAGGCUUUUGGGCAGCAAGGUCGUUUGUUGGCGGUUCCGCUGGAUGAAGCGCUGCCUGGUGAUCUUAUGAGUGGUUAUAGGGAGUUGGCCAUGGGUAUAUUGCAGAUUCUCUCACCUAGACAAUCCCAUUCAGCGACCGUGAUUCCAACCUAA